UCAAGUAAUAAUAACCGAAUACACAAAAAAAUUGCAAUUAUUUAAAAUGGCCGCAAUUGGAAUGUGCGAAACCCCCGGCUGUAAGUCAAUUGCACAACUACAGUGUCCAACAUGUAUAAAACUUGGGGUGCAGGGAUCUUUUUUCUGCAAUCAGGAAUGUUUCAAGAAGUCGUGGAAGUCACACAAACUAAUCCAUUCCUUGGCGAAAGGUGAAAAGACAGAUGUAUCUGGUAUUGAGUUCAAUCCUUGGCCAUCUUACAACUUCACGGGGAAGUUGAGGCCGUUUCCUCCGGGUCCAAAGCGCACUGUUCCCAAUCAUAUAGGGCGGCCUGACUAUGCUGACCAUCCAACCGGGUUCCCGGCGUCGGAAAAUGCCGCAAAAGGUUCCGGACAAAUCAAAGUGCUAGAUGAUGAAGAGAUAGAAGGAAUGAGGGUUGCCUGUCGCCUUGGACGAGAAGUUUUAGACGAAGCUGCAAAAGUUUGCGAUGUUGGUGUCACAACUGAUGAAAUUGACAGAGUUGUACAUGAAGCAUGUAUUGAAAGAGAAUGCUAUCCAAGCCCUCUAAAUUAUCACAAUUUCCCAAACAGCUGUUGUACUUCAGUAAAUGAGGUCAUAUGCCAUGGAAUUCCUGACUUGCGUCCGUUGGAGGAUGGUGAUUUAUGCAAUGUAGAUGUAACAGUCUAUCACAGGGGCUUCCAUGGUGACUUAAAUGAAACCUUUUUUGUUGGUAAUGUACCGGAAACAUCUCGAAAACUGGUACAAGUAACUUAUGAAUGUUUACAAAAAGCUAUAGAAAUUGUCAAGCCCGGAGAGAAGUACAGAGAAAUUGGUAAUGUUAUUCAGAAACAUGCCCAAGCGAAUGGCUUUAGUGUGGUAAGGUCAUAUUGUGGGCACGGUAUACAUAGAUUGUUCCAUACAGCACCGAAUGUGCCUCAUUAUGCAAAGAAUAAAGCUGUGGGAGUAAUGAAACCAGGGCACUGUUUCACUAUUGAGCCGAUGAUUAACGAGGGUGCCUGGAGGGACGAACAGUGGCCGGACAAUUGGACAGCAGUUACAGCCGAUGGAUCAAGAUCUGCUCAGUUUGAACAAACUCUCUUGGUAACUGAGACUGGGUGUGACAUACUAACAAAACGAGGCGUCGGCUAUCCGUGGUUCAUGGACCAAUUAAAAAAACUACAAUAGUAGUAUGAAAUAUCCACUGGGAAUUUUCUAUGCAACAUAUAAAUUAUAAAUUAUUUUAUCAAUCUGUAUAAACUCAUAAAUAUUAUAUAUAUACCGUCCACAGAUAAUAAUUUAUCAGAAGCAAUAAUCAUUGGUCAAUUUGAAUGAAGUUAUGCCUUCUCAGUGGAUUAAUCGCAAAUUUUGUAGUGGUUCUUAAUAAAUUUGCCUUUAUGGAGUGUUAUAUUGAAAAGUUGUGUUUAUAAAUUUGGUUCUUUUCGUAUCUUUAUUCUCCUUUACACGAUUUUUGUAUGGAUUUCUGACAAAGUUUUUAACGUUUACUAUAAAUAAAUAUAGGUACAUUUGUUGUUUUAUACACAAAUUGUUUCUGAUUAACAAAAGAGACAAACACUGAAAGUUGAAGGGUUAUUUGAAUUCAUAAUACAUGAGAGUUUUUUUUUUACUGUCAAUGUUACGGCUACUUUUAUUUGGCGGGAAAAUAAAGACGAAUUAACUCGUAUGCUCUAAAUCUUUUACAACGUAAUCUAUUAACAUCUUGAUUAAAAUUAUAUUUAAAUUUUACCUGUGAAGGGAAGUGCAGUAACAAGAGAUUGCUAGAAUUUUACCUUAACAUUCAUUUGAUAAUAAAUCUCUUUAUAAUUUGAGUUGUAAUUAUUCCUUGUUGAUUUUUACUUGUACUUAUAACAUGUUGGAGUAGAUAAAUUAGUUUCGUUAUAAAAAGAAAGAAAUGAAACGAUUUAUAUAAAAGAAAGAAAAUAGAUUACGUAGCCACGGUCAAUAAUUUUUAUUCUUAGAUCAAUAUUAUAUAAUCUGUGUCGAUGACUACGUAGUAAAAAUCUAAAGCGUCAAGGUUGGAACAUUAAUGGACGAGAAUGGUUCAUCUGUAUUAUUAGUCAUACAAUUAAAGCACUCGUUUGAUAGGUCUUUCUAACGUUUGUUAUACAUAUAUUGAUUUAAAAAUAAAGAAUUAUUUAAAAA